UCUCUUGUAACUUUCUCUCUCUAACUGCCCCUUUGAUUUUGUGACAGGUCUGAGAGACUUUAGAGGAAGACCAGCUAUACCCCAUUUAAUAAACGGUAGAUCUAAUACGCUGACACACUCUCCGAACCGAUUCACAAUCUGCAGUACUGUAAUCCUGUAUCCAACACUUUUUCAAGUUUAAAAUCCAUAAAAACACGCACUCAAGCUCCAAUUUCAUUGUACCCUCUCUUUCUCUCUCUAGAGAAGAAGAAUCCACAACUGGAGGGAAGCAUCCUCUGUUCCUCUCUUCCCACUAUAAAGAGAUUACACAACAAAAGAGCGGCACCCAUCUGUGUGUCUGUACAGGAGGGGACCUUACAACAAUAGAGUAGCACCCAUGGUGGCAGAAACUUGGAUCUACAAGAUGGGAAACCAGGUAACCCACAACCUCAAAACUGCUCUUUCUCUAGACCCAUCAAAGAAAAACUGCUCUAAACAUGAAAAACAAAUUAUUGGUAUCUUAUCUUUUGAAGUUUCUACCAUUAUGUCCAAACUAGUCCACCUCUACAAGUCUCUAAGGGACCAAGAGAUUCUUAGAGUGAGAAACCAGGUCUUUAAAUCCCUAGGUGUCACACUUCUUGUCUCUGAGGAUGAAUCUUUUCUCCUUGAUCUCAUGUGUGGUGAAAAACUAGAAGAAUUGAACCACAUAGCUGACUCUAUCUCAAGAUUAGGAAAGAAGUGCUCUGAACCAGCUCUUGUUGGUUUUGAACAUGUGUACUCUGACUUGCUAUCAAAUAAAAUUGAUGUUAAGGACUUGAGUUUUCUGGUUAAGGACAUGGAUUCCAUGGUUAAAAAGAUGGAGAGGUAUAUAGCUAGUACAUGCAACUUGUUUAGUGAGCUUGAGGUUUUGAAUGAGCUAGAGCAGGGUGUCAAAAAAUUGCAACAACAACAGGGGGGUGGGUUUUUUAGAGAGAAUCAGCGGGCAAUUGAACAGAAGUUAAUGUGGCAAAGACAGGGUGUUAGGCAUCUUAGAGAUGUGUCGCUUUGGAAUGAAACUUAUGAUAAAAUAGUCGGGAUGUUAGCGAGGAUUGUGUGCACAAUUUAUGCCAAAAUCCGUGCAGUUUUUGGGUUUAAUUAUACAGGUUUUCUCUGUGGAAAUGAGAAUAGCACUAUCGGGUCUGUUCAUUCUUAUGGAAGUUUGGCAUCUGGGUUUUUGUUGGGAAAUUUAGAUAGAAGAAGUGGCAAUAUUGGUGUCGGUAGUGGUGAUAGAUCGGGCCCUCUAAUUCAAGGGAAUGGACUGCAUAAGAGAGAGAGUUUUGAUGGUAAUAGGAGGUCAACAUCGAUACUGCAGGAAAGCGUUGCGAGAGAAGAAUUUCACGACAGUCAGGAUGAGGAUUUCAGUUUCCCUUGUGGGUCUAGUCCAGGAAGGCUUUUCAUGGAGUGCCUCAGUCUCAGUACUAGUGGUUCAUCAUCAUCCAAGAUUGAUACUUUGCAGAUAGAACUUCAGAAUAGAGCUGCGAAUUCGGGGUUAGCUAACUGUCAUACUAAUCGAGCACCUAGUCAUUUUGGGGCCUAUAAUUUUCCAAAAUUAGAGAACUCUAUGGAUUUUUGUUUCAGUGGUGAGCUUAACCUGAAUCACAUUAGUUUCGGAAAGUCUGGCCUUUUAAAGGGUGUGAAGUUGGGUCCGAAAAGUAGGUUUCUGCAGGCCCCUUCCUCUACAAUUGGGGGCUCAGCUCUUGCUCUACACUAUGCAAAUGUUAUAAUUGUCAUAGAGAAGCUCCUUAAAUAUCCACAUUUAGUGGGAGAAGAGGCGAGAAGUGAUUUAUAUCAGAUGCUUCCCACUAGUUUAAGAGCUUGUUUAAGAAAGAAGCUAAAGUCUUAUUCUAAAAAUUUGGUCUCUGCUAUAUAUGAUGCACCAUUAGCCCAUGAUUGGAGAGAAGCCAUGGACAAAAUUCUUAAGUGGUUGUCUCCUUUGGCCCAUGACAUGAUAAGGUGGCAAACUGAGCGCAAUUUCGAGCAACAACAAUUCGUUUCUCGAACCAAUGUUCUCUUACUCCAAACCUUAUAUUUUGCAGAUAGAGAGAAGACAGAGGAAGCCGUUUCGGAGCUCUUGGUUGGUUUGAACUAUAUAUGCAGGUACGAGCAUCAACAAAAUGCAUUGAUGGAUUGCACGAGCAGUCAGGAUUUCGACGAACUCAUGGAGUGGCAGCUUCAAUACUGAAAAUUGUAGAGUUUUUCAUGCUUGAUUCUUUUGGGUUUUGUGGAGUUUAUUGAUUUGCUCGGUUACACUUAACUCCCCUUUAUGCAGAGAUCAAAGAGAAUUAACACCUUUUGUAUAUUAGACACCUAGCAUGCCAAAAUAUCCCCUUGAUAUUGUGGCAUAGAGAGAGAGAAUCUAUUACUUCCCCAUCUUGUGCAUCUGCCAAAUUCCAGUGUAUAUAAUUUUUUGUGUAAAAUUCUUGGAUAUAUGAAAAUGAGGUUGAAAUU